AUGAGGGCGUGGUUAUUACCCAUAAACACACCUACUAGCCCGUCUUCCGCCUCUUUGGUUAUGGGGCGUGGCUACAUUAAUAUUCCGCCCUCUCACGCUGCUUCAGGGUGUGUUUUAGUUAAGCUCCGCCCCUCUUACUCUGGCUGUAGUGCUGCUUGUCCAUCUCACAUUACUCGCAUCUCUCUGUCAGUGAGUACUGUUACACUGACAUUGUAAUCCCUGUAUCCCGGGUUUACUGACCAGAUACAGCUGACUUUCUCUUCGGUUCUUCCCGGACCCCAGCAGUUUUGUGCAUGCUGCCUGCUCGGUCUCUGUCUAUUACUCACUAUCCAGUGCCGCCUGGGACUUGCUGCUGCUCCCCUGGAGGGGGAGGGAUCCUGUGACUUUGGGAUUAAAAGGACAUUAGCACAGGGAUAUCAGCCUGGGAUUAGGGUCCCCAGCCUGUGAGCCUGCAGUGAGGAGGAGUGCACAGGACCUGAUGGGGUUUUGAUAACUGUGCGCUGAAGCACUGGAGAGAGUAUGGUAAAACAUCAACCGCUACAAUACUACGAACCUCAGCUAUGUUUGUCAUGUCUGACGGGAAUCUACGGCUGCCGCUGGAAACGAUACCAGCGGUCACAUGAUGACACCACCAAGUGGGAGCUCCUGUGGUUUGCAAUCCUCACGUUUACUUUCUUCCUGACCCUAACGUGGUUUUACUUCUGGUGGGAAGCGCACAAUGACUACAAUGAAUUUAACUGGUUUUUAUAUAACAGAUCAGGACACUGGGACGAUUGGUCCAUUCCAAUUUUAAUAACCACUGCUGCGGGCUUCACGUACAUCACAGCACUUUUGGUGUUAGCACUGUGUCACAUAGCUGUGGGACAACAAAUGAAUAUACACUGGCUCCACAAGGCAUGCCUCUCUAUAAUCUUAGUUGCCACCGUCAUAGCCAUGACUUCCAUAGAGCAGAUGUGGGAAGAAGAAUGGGAUAUGCUUCUCAUAUCCUUCCAGGCUACAGCUCCGUUCUUGCACAUAGGAGCCCUGGCCGCAGUCACAAUGCUCGCCUGGAUAAUUGCUGGACAGUUUGCAAGAUCAGAAAAAGCCAUGUUUCAGAUUUUUAUAAUCAUCGCAUACUUAGCUGUGGUAAUAGCGCUUUAUCUGGUCCCACUAACCAUCUCCUCGCCAUGCAUUAUGGAGAAAAAGGAUUUGGGACCCAGACCGGGAAUUAUUGGCCAUCAAGGUGCACCAAUGCUUGCACCAGAAAAUACCUUAAUGUCUUUUCAAAGGGCACUGGAGCACCAUCCCUUUGGGCUGGAGGCCGAUGUAACAAUAAGCUAUGAUGGAGUUCCUUUUUUAAUGCACGAUAAAACACUAAGACGGACGACCAAUAUUGAAAAAGUAUUUCCAGAGUUGUCCAAUGAAUAUUCUUCCAUGAUGAACUGGACAGACCUUGAAAGAUUAAAUGCUGGGGAGUGGUAUUUAAAGACUGACCCUUUCUGGACUGCUAGCUCUCUGUCUGCUUCCGAUUCUACUGAGGCUGGAAACCAGUCUAUUUGUAAACUGACCGACCUCCUACAGCUGGCAAAGGAGAACAAUUCUCUGGUGCUCUUAAAAAUCCACCCCUUGCCUUCUGAUCAUCCUCAUUACAAGAGCUACAUCAACAUCACAGUGAGAACCAUCCUAGAGUCAGGAAUCUCACAGCACCAUGUGAUGUGGCUCUCUGAUCAGGAGCGUUAUCUGGUACGACAAAUGGCUCCUGGAAUUCAGCAGGUCUCUGGCAGUAAGAGAGACUUGAAACACCUAAGAGCGCAGGGUAUUACAGUCUUACAUUUGAGAUAUACAGAUAUCCAGAUCGAAGAAAUUAGAGAAUACACGGCAGGCAAUAUAACCAUAAAUGCCUACACUGUAAAUGAGCCUUGGCUGUUCUCGGUGUUGUGGUGUUCGGGUGUUCAGUCCGUCACUUCGGAGGCCUCACACAUUCUUAACAAGGUGCCUUUUCCUAUCUGGCUGAUGACCCCAGAUGAAUAUUAUAUUGUUUGGAUUGCAUCGGAUCUAAUUUCAUUCACUGUAAUAGUAGGAAUUUUCAUCUUACAGAAGUGGAGGUUGGGUAAUAUCCGAACUUACAACCCAGAACAAAUUAUGUUGAGCGCAGCUGUGCGAAGGGGUAGCAGGGAUGUCCGGAUCAUGAAGGAAAAACUCAUCUUUUCAGAAAUAAACAAUAUUGACACCAAUAUCGAAGAACUUUCGCUGUGUUCAGAAGGCCGUUAUGACGGCUUUGCAAAUGAUGCCGUAACUCCAACAACCAAUGAUAAAACCCACAUGAGCUAAGGAAAAGAAACGCCAACGGCACGCGAUACAACAAUACAACAGGUUUUAUAGUGACACAUGGACCCUCUUCCUUGGUCAGAAGUUUCUCGAACAGGGACGUUUUACAAGACUUCUCAAUGCCAGGACAGUUUGUUUAUUUUUGCUAUUAUGGUCAUUUUGUUGAAUAAUCAGGACUAUGAAAUUGUAUAUAUGUAGAAAGUAUUUGAAUCCUUUUUGUUGUUUUUUUUUCCUUUUUUGCAUAUUUUUUGUGAGUAGGACACAAGUAAAAACUUGUGUAUAAACUUUGACUGAGCCGAGAGUAUGUUGCAAACUCAGCCUGCGGAAGGCUUCAUUCCUGCUUUCUUCUGCGGUUUCACCAACUGGUUUUACGAAUGAUUUCUGGUUUCAACAUUUUUUUCCCAAGGAUCAUAAAGCUUUAUUAUAUUUUGCACUUUUUAGAUCCUUUAAAGUGGAUCUAUCAGAUAAAAAUGAACUCAUCUCUUUGUGUAAAAACUAAAAAGAAAACCAAUGUAUUGUUCCUACUAUUGGUGCAAGAAUUCUCUUCCAUAAAUGAUUCAGAAUGCACAUAUUUGCUCCACACUGCAGAGACCGCCAUAAAAAUGUAUUACAUGUGCUUCCUAUAAAGUGUUCUGUAGGGGAACUUGUGGACACAUUCUGCACCCUUGAACGCUAUCAACAACAAUAUUGGAGUGGCAUAAGGCAGCUCAACAGAUGCAUCUUAUACCUCUUUUUGGACACACUUGGUAGUUCCCUCCUAGGGACAAUAUCUUAUAUUAUUUACAUAAUCUUUAUCUAGAGGCAAACAUAAUUUAGACAGCCAUUUCAUAUCUCAUCAAAAAUAUAUAUAUAUUUAUGUUAGCGUCCUACAACGUUGAUCUAGCGAUGUGUUACACACUGACUGACAGCCAAUGGUUACUCUAUUAGUGUAGUUAGUACAACUUUUAAAUGCUGCUAGCUGUCCAUUUGGCAGACGAGUUGUCAGUUAGCUGAAAUAGAAUUCAUUCUUGUUGAGUUCCGUCUCACUGACUAGUAACAAUAGCCUACUCUGGCACUAAUGUCUUUUAAGUGGUAUUGUACUCUGAUCACUAAAAUCAACACCUAUUGGUGUUAAAUCGUUUUACUGUGUGAUUUACUUUAAAGUUUAGGAAGUUUUGAUUCAUGCUCAGAAUAUUGUUUUUGCCAUAUAAUUUGCUCAGAACAAAUGACAUCCUUAUUUGCAGGAUCUAUUAAUUUGUCGCAUGAUUACAUCCCAGGAGGAUCAAGUCUGGCUGCUGAUAGGUUCAUGUUUUAUAGUCAUUUAUAAUGGGUGUUUGCACAAUGCUUUCUGAAGGGAAUAUGUAUGUUAUGUAUGAAUAAUUGGGAGUACAGCUUUUCAAAACGAACACAAAUGAUACAUCACAAGUAAAACCUACACAAAAUCAAUAUCACGUGGUGCUUUUUUUAAAUUUUUCUUUCUACAAUCAAUUUACCAACACUAGCAAUUUCAAUGUGUCCUGUUACCAACCAAAAAUAAGCCAACCUAAAAUUGUUUACUGUUAGCUAUAAAAGGAUUAUUCUAAUUGAAAUUAAAACUGGGCUAUUUCACCACAGCAUGAUAUUGUAAACUAGUGUUCCGUUUAUUUACAUCAGUAAACUGCAUCUAUUUUUGUUUUUUCUUCUCCGUGAUUGGUUUGUUUUCCACUCCCAUCGAGCCAAUCUCUGCAAGGGUAAUGGAGCUGAUUUCAGCGUAGAGGUUAAAGAGACAAUAAACACUAAAUACAUUUAGGAGCGUAUUAUUGAUGUUAUUCCACACCUUCUUCUAGUCAUGGGUGCUGUGUUGCAUUAAAUUGCUUAUGUGUAUGCACAUGUUCAGCAACUCACCUUCAGAUACCUGCAGCGAAACAUCAGUUUCAAAAUGGUGGCACCCAUAAUUAGAGAGAGGUACAUUAAUUGUAAUUAGUGUUUAGUGUCUCUUUAAAGGGACACUGAACCCAGUUUUUUUCUUUCAUGAUUAGAGAGCAUGCAGUUUUAAGCAACUUUCUUUAUCAAAUUUUCUUAAUUCUCUUGGUAUCUUUAUUUGAAAAGCAAGAAUGUAAGUUUAGAUGCCGGACCAUUUUUGGUGAAGAACCUGGGUUCUUGCUGAUUGGUGGAUAAAUUCACCCACCAAUAAACAAGUGCUGCCCAGUGUCCUGAACCAAUAAUUGGCUGGCUCCUUAGCUUAGAUGCCUUCUUCUUCUUAGAUACCAAGAGAACAAAGAAAAAUUGGUAAUAGGGGUAAAUUAGAAAGUUGCUUAAAAUUGCUGCUCUGUCUAAAUCAUGAAAGAAAAAAUUUGGGUUCAUUGUCCCUUUAACUAGAUGCAGUAUUUUUUAACUGAUGCCUUUAGAGGAUAAAUUGGUUAUAAAUGUUAUGCUGGAACCAAAUAGCUCUGUAUUUUUUUUUUUUUUACUACAAUGAUCCUUGAGUUACUUUUAAAGGCACACUGGGCUGUUUUACCAGCUGCAUUAAAUGUAUUGUGAAUCUCAUCUUUAGGUUUAUACUUUCAAUCGAAAUAGCUGGUUUUAUUUAUUGAAACAACCACCCAUAAUAAAUGAUUAUACUGUAUUGACCAUUUGUUUAUGUAAAGAGAGAGAUCAGACAAGCUAGUCAUGUUUUUUUUAAUGAGUAUGUUCUGUAGGCAAAUGAGUGGUGGUUUUAGUGAGUAAAUCCAGAUCUUAGUGUGUUGCACUUUCACAAGAAGAAAUUUGGCUCUGAAAGAGCGAAUGCCUCGAGAGCUGCCGAAUGCACAUUUCUAGUGAGCAAAAUCAGCUAUUUUAAAUGCAAAAAUAGACCUGGCAGAGCAGUUCCUAUAAAUUUAAUACUAUGCAGCUGGUAUUACGAGUCGAUUGAAACAAAUUAAGAGAAAAUACAUUUUGCCAUUUUUCUUUGUCUUUUGACAUCAUGUAGACAAAGUCCCUAUAAUAUAUCAGUUCUAGAACUGAUGACUAUUUCUGAGCAUUUACAUUGUAGUAAUAUAAAUUAAUUGGUGAAAGAUAAUGAAAAAAAAUGUUUUUUUUUUGUUUGUUUUUUUACAGAUCAAAGCUUUUGGUACCCCAAUUAGGGAUAGAUUACGAGUGAAGCGUUAUUUACCGCUCCCGCUUGCGCGCUAACUCCACUGUAAGUAAGCUUUAUGCACAUGUCGGGUAGCGGGCAUAUUACAAGAUAAUAAUAAAAAGUUUUCACACGAAUGCUAACUUGAUCUGCGCAAAUAGCCGUCAACUUAUUCCCCCAAAGACUUCAAUGGAGGGCGAAAAUCUACAAAAAAACAUCCUUUUCUCGCUCACAAACCCGAUCGCAUUUUCUUAAGUGCGCUAAUAUAUUCAUAUUUCACAUUCCAAUGUUCCUUCAAAUUGCAGAAUAUGUUCUAUUUAUUCUUAAAAACAUAUUUCUAUAUUUGAUGGUAUUUUGGUAAAAUUUGUAUCUAUACCUAUAUCUGUGUAUAUAUAUAUAUAUAUAUAUAUAUAUAUAUAUAUAUAUAUAUAUAUAUAUAUAUAUAUAUGUAUAAUAUAUAGGAAUAUCUUUUAAAAAAUACUUAGAACAUGUGUGAAGAACAUUGGAAUGUGAAAUAUUUACAGUUCAUACACCGUUAAAUUCAAUUGCGCUCAAGCAAAGGUGUUUACUUUCAACACAUAAUAUGCAUGCUACUUCUGACACGUAUAGAGCCACGAUAAACCCCUCGUAAUCUAGUUCUUAAUAAGGUCAUGCUGAGCUGUUAUAUGUCUACAAGAUCAAAUGAAACAUUAUCAUCAUGCACUAACUCAUAAGCUGAGUGUCUAAUGGCUUAGUGUCUGCUACAGGUUUAGUUACUGUAGAAACUAAAUUGAAAUAGUAAAUUUGGUUCCUUCAUUUUUCUCUCUGACAUUAAAUUAUCAAUGGUAGACAAAAUGAUAUAAUAUGAAACUCAAGUUUCACCAAUACAUCACCACUAAAUAUAACAGUUUUUUUUUUAAGAUGUUCCGCUAUGGUGUAACAUAUCUCACCCAAGACUACUAAAUGCAAAAGUACAGUACUAAUCUUGUGAACCAAAGUAAUACUUGCCCAGUAUAAUGGACGGAUGCCACUCUAAGAAAAUAGCAAAUUUCCAAAGCAGGCAAAGAAAAAAAAGUUAUGUUGAAAUGUAUGACCACUGGUUCGUAUGACACCUAAACAAGCUAGCACUAGGACUUCUGGCAAUGGUAGAUAUUUUAAUGUGAUUUUUUUUAAUAUGUCUUGCUUCAAAGUCAGAAGGAAGGAAGGAACAGCAAUAGUUUGUGAAUAUGAAAUUGGGUUCCUGAUUGAGACAAAAAGAAAUUUAAAAAAAUUAGGAGGCAGCUCCCCUGCGUGUGCAAUAAUAAUUUUGACCUUCUUAUGAAAAUAAAUCUAUUGUGUUUUAUUUUUUAAAUAUAAUAAAAUUGUUGUUAAUGACAAUGUUCAUUUGUUUUAAGUAGGUGCUCACUGCUAAUAGAAGGAAUGUCCUAUAGCUACGUACUGUAGCAUUGGUUAUUUUGUUUAAACCAAAUGUGUGUAUUGUAUGUAAAUAUUCAAACAAAUUCCAGGACUGCAGUUGUGUAAUCUGUUCCAGACCAUAUAUGGCCAUUUAUCUAUAGCUGUACCGACAGUAUUUAUUUGGUGUCUUCUUUAGUCAGGCUGUGAGUGAGACAAUGUAUUUGUAACUGUAUUUUAUUUCGAAAUAAAUGAGUUUCAUAUGGUUUCCUACAA